AACAUGAAAAACCUCAUCUUUUUCUUUUUUUAACUGUAUUGGAACAUGCACAUUUUUGGGAGAGGUGCUGUCCUGACCCCUUUGUCGUAGGAGCCUGUAACGUUCCCCCCUGCUAACACGCAGCUGCACAGCCAGCACCUGUUCAAACCCUGCAGAGCAACCCUCAAUGUUUCAACGACAGGAAACUCUUUGGGUUUCUCCUCCACAGCGUUCGUGUGUGUGUGAGAUCACAUCAGCUAUGCUUGCACCCUUUAGUUAUUAUAAGAGGAGCGGAUGAUGACAUCUUCACACCCAAGCUCGCGUGGUGAAAAACACAUUUUUUAACAAAUAGUUCACGGGAAGAAAUGAACGUUUGAAAAUGAAUAUGUUGAUGGAGGCAUCUGAAAUCUGACAUUACCGGACGCUUGAGGAGAAGUUUUAUUUUAUUUUUAAGAGAAAAGAUGGGAUGUGCUUGCAGUUCCGACUCAGACAACGAAUGGAUUGAGAACUUGGACGAAAUGUGUGAACACUGCAACUGUCCAAUUCCUCCACAGUCAAGCAAUACAUACACAGAUCAGCUGAUUCCGUACCACUCACAGUAUUCUCCUCCGACAUCACCUUUGCCAGACAACAUUGGAGUGGCCAUAUACAGCUACGAACCCCAACAUGAAGGUGACCUGGGCUUUGAAAAAGGAGACAAGCUCAAGAUCCUCAACAAGGAGGACCAGGAGUGGUACCUGGCGGAGUCUCUCACCACGGGCCAGCAGGGCUACAUCCCAUACAACUUCAUUGCCAUGACUACAAUGGAGACUGAAUCGUGGUUCUUUAAGGACAUUUCUAGAAAUGAUGCCAUGAGGAUCCUCCUCGCUCCCGGGAACACGCAGGGCUCCUUCUUGAUUCGAGAGAGUGAGACAACCAAAGGAUCUUACUCAUUAUCAGUGAGGGAUUUGGACCACAUCACGGGUGAAGGAGUGAAGCACUACAGGAUCCGCAACCUGGACAAUGGCGGUUUUUACAUCACAACCAAGAUAUCCUUUCUUUCCCUGAAGGAGCUUGUACAGCAUUACUCACGUGAAGCAGAUGGGUUGUGCACAACCCUGUCGAAGCCGUGCCAGUCGAGGGCCCCGCAGAAGCCCUGGUGGCAGGAUGAGUGGGAGAUUCCCCGUGAGUCCCUGAAGCUGGAGCGCAAGCUUGGAGCUGGACAGUUUGGAGAAGUCUGGAUGGGUGUCUACAACAAUGACAGAAACGUGGCAAUUAAGAAUCUCAAGAUCGGCACAAUGUCGGUGGAAGCUUUCCUGGCAGAGGCCAACAUGAUGAAGAACCUGCAGCACGCACGCCUCGUCCGUCUGUUCGCCGUGGUAACCCAGGAGCCCAUCUAUAUCGUUACAGAGUACAUGGAAAACGGAAGCCUGGUGGAUUACCUCAAAACACCGCAGGGAAGCAACGUGCCCAUCAACUCUCUGAUAGACAUGGCGUCUCAGGUGGCGGACGGGAUGGCCUUCAUUGAGCAGAGAAAUUACAUUCACCGAGACCUGCGAGCUGCCAAUAUUCUGGUUUCUCAUGAGCUCAUCUGUAAGAUUGCCGACUUCGGACUGGCAAGACUCAUUGAGGACAACGAAUACACGGCCAGAGAGGGUGCAAAGUUCCCCAUAAAAUGGACUGCGCCAGAAGCUAUCAACUUUGGCACAUUCUCCAUCAAAUCUGAUGUGUGGUCAUUUGGGAUCCUCCUCACAGAAAUAGUAACAUAUGGCCGUAUUCCCUACCCUGGUAUGUCCAACCCAGAGGUAAUCCAGAACCUGGAGCGGGGCUACAGAAUGCCAAGACCAGACAACUGCCCCGAAGGACUAUAUAACGUCAUGUGCCAUUGCUGGAGGGAGACCCCAGAGGACCGACCCACUUUCGAGUACCUGACGAAUGUUCUGGAGGAUUUCUUUACUUCCACAGAGCGGCAGUAUCAGGAGCAGCUGCAGUAGAAGAGACAUGGAGACGCAUGCACAGAAUUUACUCAAACUAUAGGCAAACUUGAAGGUGGAUAAUGCAUUUUAUGUUUGCUGAAGAAUUUAUGUCUUUCUACUCACGGGGGACAAACUGAGAUGAACAAAAUAAGAGUGCUUUGUUUUUGAAUCAAACUAUUUCUGAAAAGAUUUUGAAUAUAUAUAUAUAUAUAUAUAUAUAUAUAUAUAUAUAUAUAUAUAUAUAUAUAUAUAUAUAUAUAUAAAACAGAA